AUGACCAUUAUCACCAUUAUAACCACUAUCACCAUUAUCACUAUUAUAAUCAUUAUCACCACUAUCGCUAUUAAGACCAUUAUGACCAUUAUCACCAUUACCACCAUUAUGACUAUUAUCACCAUUAUAACCAUUAUCACCAUUAUAACCACUAUCACCAUUAUAACCACUAUGACCAUUAUCGCCAUUAUGACCAUUAUCACCAUUAUGACCAUUAUCACCAUUAUCGCCAUUAUGACCACUAUCACCAUUAUGACCAUUAUCAUCAUUAUCACUACUAUCACCAUUAUGACCACUAUCACCAUUAUGACCAUUAUCAUCAUUAUCACUACUAUCACCAUUAUGACCACUAUCACCAUUAUCGCCAUUAUGACCACUAUCACCAUUAUGACCAUUAUCAUCAUUAUCACUACUAUCACCAUUAUGACCACUAUCACCAUUAUGACCAUUAUCAUCAUUAUCACUACUAUCACCAUUAUGACCACUAUCACCAUUAUGACCAUUAUCAUCAUUAUAACCAUUAUCACUACUAUCACCAUUAUGACCACUAUCACUAUUAUCACCAUUAUGACCACUAUCGCCAUUAUCACCACUAUCACCAUUAUAACCAUUAUGACCAUUAUAAUCACUAUCCUCUCUCUCUCUCUCUCUCUCUCUCUCUGCCUCUCUCUUCCUCUCUGUGUCUGUGAUGCCGGGCUGUGGGUGACUGUUCCCCUGACCAGACUGAAGCUGGGGAAGCUAAAGGUGGUGCGGCGGCAGCUGCUGCAAAGGUAUGAACACCAGCCGUUUGUCUCCUGCCUCGCCGGCCUCUAUGGUUGCCAAUGGAGACGAUACCAAAGAGCUCGGGCGCAGCCAGGAGAGUGCUGCUGCAGCAAGGUGGAGUGCGGCAGUUUUGGCCUCCUGAUCCUCACCUUCUUCCUGAGUUUUGUAUUCCUCUAUUUUUGGACUGAAGCUCAGAAUGACUACCACGACUUUGACUGGUUUAACUUUGGGGCUCUGGGUUUCUGGUUCCCCUGGUCUCUGGUCCUGCUGGUUGUGGCUGCUGCUCUCUUCACAUACAUAGCCCUGCUACUGGUGCUGGCGGUGUGUCUGCUUUCUGAGGGACAGAGGCUUUACCUUCACUGGAGCCACAAGACUGGCAUCGUGUUGACGCUGGCCUUCUCUGUCACCGCCACCGCCAUCCUGUCUGACCUCUGGAGCAAAGAAUGGAAGACUCUGCUCCUCUCCCUGCAGGUGACGGCUCCCUUCCUCCACGUGGCUGCAGUCUCACUGAUGACGAUCCUCUCCUGGCCAAUAGCGUUGCAUUUCUUCCGCAUGAACAAAAAAGUGCGUCAGGUGGCCAUCCUGGGUCUCUACCUGUCCAUCCUGUUCUGUCUCUACCUGGUCCCUCUGGGAAUGUACUCGCCCUGCAUUAAAGAGGCGGGAACGCUGGGACCGGCUCCAACGCUCAUCGGACACAGAGGAGCUCCGAUGCUUGCUCCAGAGAACACCAUGAUGUCUUUUGAGAAGGCGGUGGAGUCUGGAGGAGAAGGACUGCAGACUGAUGUCACCAUCAGUUACGACGGCGUUCCCUUCCUGAUGCACGACUCCACGCUGAGGAGAACCACUAACGUCGCCGAGGUUUUCCCCAACCGGACGCACCUCGACGCCUCCAUGUUCACCUGGGCCGAGCUGCAGCAGCUGAACGCCGGCGACUGGUUCCUAUUGAGGGAUCCGUUCGGUACGGUGUCGUCCCUGUCGGAGGUGGACCGCUCCCACGCUCAGAACCAGUCCGUUCCCUCGCUGGCCCAGUUCCUGGAGGUGGCUGCUCGGAGUGGCAGACUGGUGCUGUUUGACCUGCGCAGGCCACCGUACGGACAUCCUUACAGUCAGUCGUACAUUAACGUCACUCUGCAGGUGGUGCAGGAACACAUCAACUCAUCUCAGGUGCUGUGGCUGCCGUCUGAGGACAGGGAGAUAGUUCAGGCCGUGGAUCCGGAGCUGCAGCAGACGUCCGGAGAAAAGGCUUCAAUUCAGGAGCUGACAGACAACCACAUCUCCAGACUGCACCUGCACUACAGCUUCAUGUCACAGCAGCAGAUCAGUAAGUACCGCUCAGUGAACAUCAGCACUAACCUGUAUGUGAUCAACCAGCCGUGGCUCUACACGCUGGCCUGGUGCUGCGGAGCUCAGUCUGUCACCACCAACUCCAUCCACAUCCUGUCCAACAUCGACCGGCCGCUCUUCCUCAUGACUCCAGAGGAAUACACUCUGAUGUGGAUCCUGACUGACGUCGUAUCUGCUUUCCUCAUCAUCGCCAUCUUCAUUUUCCACUGGUGGAGAGAGAGAGGCCUGCCCUUCUGGUCUGGAAGCCGUCAGACUCACGAGAACGGACCGUACAGCAAGUUCAGGACGGAGUUGAGCGAUGUUUGGUCCGUCUCCAGCAUCAAUGUCCGACCAGACCUACGGAGCUCGCCCAGUUCACCCAGUGCUCCUCACCUGCCCACCAUCACAGAGGAGUGA